UCAUCUCUCCUUAUUGCCUUCUCCAACCCCUCUCUCCCUCUCUCUCUCCCUCUCUCUCUCUCUCUCUGUGAGACACAGAAAAUGAGCAACAUAAGCAUGGUGGAGGCAAAGUUGCCACCAGGAUUCCGGUUCCACCCGAAAGACGACGAGCUCGUCUGUGAUUAUCUGAUGAAGAAGAUGACCCGCUCGGACUCUCUCCUCAUGAUCGAGGUCGACCUCAACAAGUGCGAACCUUGGGAGAUUCCUGAAACUGCGUGUGUGGGAGGGAAAGAGUGGUACUUCUACAGCCAACGUGACCGGAAAUACGCGACUGGGCUCCGAACAAACCGUGCGACGGCAAGUGGGUAUUGGAAGGCCACUGGGAAGGACAGAGCAGUGCUUAGGAAGGGCACGCUGGUGGGCAUGAGGAAGACUCUGGUGUUUUACCAAGGGAGAGCCCCCAAAGGCAGAAAGACCGACUGGGUGAUGCAUGAGUUCCGAGUUGAGGGUCCUCACGGCCCUCCAAAUAUCACCAAGAUUUCUUCCCUCAAGGAAGAUUGGGUGUUGUGUCGGGUGUUCUUCAAGAGCGUAGAAGUCGCCACCAAACCGAGCACGGGAAUAGUCAGUUGCUACGACAACAGAGGCACUUCAUCUCUCCCGUCGCUGAUGGAUUCCUUCAUCACCUUCGACCAAGCUCAUCCUCAGCCCAACCUUAUAAGCAACAUCGAGCAAGUGCCCUGCUUCUCCAUUUUCUCUCCGAGUCAAGCCAAUCCAAUCCAUGUGGAACCAAGCAUGCCCGCCAGGACCAUCCUCAACGCGUCCGCAUUCGGGGCAAUGCCUGACUUCAGUUCCUGUAAUAAUCUGGACUCCUAUGCAUGCGACAGGAAGGUGCUAAAGGCCGUCUUGAACCAGCUCACUGAGAUGGACUCGCCAAGCUUAGGAGAUCAAGGGAGUUCUGAGAGCUUCUUGUCCGAAGUGGCCAUGCCCAACAAUAUGUGGAAUCAUUUCUGAAUUUUGGAGAGGCUUGAAAAGAGAGAGAAAAACAAAAAAGAGUGACCUAAUUUGCCUUCAGUCUUCAUAUUAAUCUCGCACCCUUCAAAAAGGAUGAUUAAUGUAAAGUAUUAGUUAUGCAUAUUAUGAUUGAUUAUCUCCGUUUGGAUGUGCAUAUCUAGGCUGUGGCAUCGUUUCAUUUGUCGACCUUGGAAGUGUUGUAUACUAACUCUUGAUUGUAAUAUAAUCUUUGUCAAGUUAGGUGAA